AUGGUCACGGGCGAGAGCCUUGAGCCACUCAACACGUGGCUGGUGGAAAGCCAGGAACGCUCGCCCCAUCCUGUCGACAGCCCCUCGAAGACCUCACCCACUCAACUGACUUCGUACACCGCCACGUAUAUGGCUCGGUCACGACCAUCUCCCCGGCCUAUCCGAACUCGGUUCCUUUCCGUACGGAUCCGGUCCGUGCUAGACUCGCCUCUGACCACACAUAGGUCAUCUCAGAUGAACCACUCUUUCAGUCAGCAGUUUGUCAUGGCCGCGGCGGCCGCCCGUCAUAGGGGUCACUAUCACGGCUCGGCCACGCCUAUGCCACGCCUAAGCCACUCUUCACCUACAACGUACAGCGAGAUAUUUGACGUCUCAGUCUCAGAAGCCAAGACAGGCAGCCGCGAUGAACUCAGCGCGAAUAAGCUAACAGCCGAUGACACGUACAACGUACUUAUCCGGGCAUCAGCGGGCGCACGGCACCAUGCAAAAGAUUGUCAGGGGGCGGGCUGGCUCCGAAAGCCUCGCAUUUACUGGCUGUCCUUCAACCCGCCCCCGCCCGGCGUGGGCCCCCAGGGGGAAAAGAUGGCCAGCCGGGCCAGUCUGAUGUCAUCACAUCGACGAGAAGCCCCUACUCUGGAGAUUGGGGAACACAUGAUCUUACCUGCUCAUCUCAUGUCAGUCGCAAGUCGAGCCGUCUUCCCGACGGGAAUGAUGAGAAGUGACCUCAGCCUUCACCCAAGGCCAAGCACGCGGCUAGAUCGUACAUCACAUCUAUACGUUAGAACCUUUAGACCAUCCCCACGAAGUCUGAGCGGCAAGAUCUGGGUAGCGAUUACAACGUACAGCGUGAACCGCUUCGUGUGGGGUUUCUGCGGGGCCCCACGGCGAGUUGCCAGCAUCCCCUCGGUAGGCACCUGCCGGUCGAAAAUACCCGGCCGUCGGCCUGUGUCUCGUGCGGCGUGCCGGUGUCUCCCCGAUGUCCUCGGCUCAGAACCCACCUGCUACGAAGUAGUCACCUCGUGCAGUAUCGGCGGCGUUGAGGCGUUCGUGUGCGUGUUCCGGUCGCCAAGCAGCGUUACAUUCUGCAAGGGCCACCGGUCCGAUACGCGAUCAGAAUGUUCCUAUCAGGUGACCAGUGCGCGCAGGAUGCCGAAACUCAAGCCACUCCGCACACGGGCGACGAUCAUCUCUCAAGCCAGUGCUGCACUCCUUUCACGCUUUUUGACCAUAGACGUUGGGCGGCGUGCUGAAACGGCAGGAUCUGCAUCGGUGUCCAUCCCGGUGACAUUCCAAUUCGGCCGAGGGGAAAGAGAUGCACUCGCCAUCACAUUCACCUACUCACCGGCACAGAAUCAUUUCGAGAUCGGCCCUCUCGGACUUUCGGCCCCCAACGGCGGGCAAUAUUAA